AUGCGCUUCAAUACGUGGAUCCCCUUCUUAGUGCCCGUCGCGGCCGCCAGCUUUAUCCCCUUUGGCACCGAAUUUGCACGUCGACAACUACCUCACGAGCCUACGGGUGUAAAGACGAUUAAAACGGCCAACAAUGUCACAAUUCGGUACAAGGAACCCGGGAAGGAGGGUGUUUGUGAAACAACGCCGGGUGUGAAAUCAUAUGCAGGUUAUGUGGACUUGUCGCCCACAGAACAUACAUUCUUCUGGUUCUUUGAAGCGCGCCACGAUCCGGAGAAUGCGCCAAUCACGCUGUGGCUUAACGGUGGUCCGGGCAGUGAUUCGCUCAUUGGCUUGUUUGAAGAACUUGGUCCUUGUCAGGUUAAUGAGAAGUUUGAGACCUAUGUUAACCCCCACUCAUGGAGUGAGGUUUCAAACAUGCUUUUCAUUUCUCAGCCUCUUGGCACUGGAUUCUCAUACUCUGAGAAGGAGGCAGGCUCCAUCAACCAAUUGACAGGUGCCUUCCAGGGUGAAGAUGUCGCCGGUGUUCAAGGCCGCUACCCUGUUAUUAAUGCUACUAUGAUUGACACAACCAACCUCGCUGCCGAAGCCACCUGGGAAGUCUUGCAGGGAUUUCUCGGCGGACUACCAAAGAUGGACUCGAAGAUCAAAUCAAAGAGCUUCAAUUUGUGGACCGAAAGCUAUGGAGGACAUUAUGGCCCAGCUUUCUUCGACCACUUUUACGAGGAAAACCAGAAGAUCGCCAAUGGCUCCGUGGAUGGCAUUGAGCUAGAAUUCAACACUCUCGGAAUCAUCAACGGAAUUAUUGAUGAGUCUAUUCAAGCUCCCCAUUACCCAGAGUUUGCUGUUCACAACACCUACGGCAUCAAAGCGGUUAACGAGACUGUCUACAACUACAUGAAAUUUGCCAACGAAAUGCCCAACGGAUGCCAGGACAUGAUUCAAAACUGCAAAUUCACCAACCGAUCCUCCUUAUCAGACUACGCAAUCUGCACAGAAGCCGGCAACAUGUGCCGUGACAACGUCGAAGGACCAUACUACGUCUUCAGCGGCCGAGGAACCUACGACAUCCGCCACCCCUCCCAAGACCCAACCCCACCAAGCUACUACGAAAAAUAUCUCGCGAAAGACACCGUCAUGAACGCUCUCGGCGUCGACCUAAACUACACAUCCUCAAACUCAGAAAUCUACUACGCCUUCCAACAAACCGGCGACUUCGUCUGGCCAAACUUCAUCACCGACCUCGAAGACAUCCUAACCAAACCCGUCCGCGUAGCCCUCAUCUACGGCGACGCAGAUUACAUCUGCAACUGGUUCGGCGGACAAGCCGUCUCCCUCGCAACAAAUUACACGCACGCGAAGCAAUUCCGCGCCGCCGGGUAUGCGCCUUUCCUCGUCAACGGCACCGAGUACGGCGAGACGCGCGAGUAUGGCAACUUUUCGUUCACGAGGGUUUAUGAGGCGGGCCAUGAGGUGCCGUUCUAUCAGCCUGUUGCGUCGUUGCAGCUUUUUAAUCGCACGCUUAAUGGGUGGGAGCUGCCGAAGGGUGAGAAGAAGUUGACGCCGGAUUUUGGGUCUAGUGGGCCGAAGUCGGCGACGCAUACGCAGGCUUCUGUCGCGUUGCCUACUUCUACGAAGGCCGGGUCUGUGUAG